AUGAUCACCUGGCGUCCAACUUCGCGACUUUUUCAUGCCCGAAUCCCAUGGAAGUCUCAAAGAAGAGGUCUGGGACUACUGGAAUUUAAUUCUCAUAAGCUCCUGAGACAUUUCGACAUUCCAGUCCCAAAUGGCCAUGUGGUGACAAACCCAGAAGAAGCUCAGACCGUGGUGUCCACUAUUCAUGCGCCAUCAAUCAUCAAAGCCCAGGUCCUAGCGGGCGGUCGAGGAAAAGGGAAAUACAGCAGCGAUGGCAAAGGAGGAGUACGCAUGGUCAACACACCAAGCGAGGCAUUCGAAAAUGCCAGUAAAAUGCUCGGUUAUAACUUGACAACAAAACAAACUCCCCCAGGAGGCCUGCUAGUCAAUAAGCUCUACAUCUACAAAGCCGUUGACGUAGCACAGGAGCUCUAUGUUGCAAUCACAUUCGAUCGCGAUCGCGGCAUGCCCGUCCUACUCAUAUCGGACGAUGGCGGUGUGGAUAUUGAAUCUAACGUGAGCAAGCUUCAGAAAUUCUGGUUCCACAUGCCCCACGGUAUAGGCCCGGAGAUAAUCGCCUACAUCCAAGCCCAGCUGGGGUUCUCGGAUCCAGAAAUGGCGACACUUUCGCAUAUCAUCCAUCAGAUGGUUGAACUUUUUGAGGAAAAGGAUGCCACGCUUCUCGAGUUAAACCCUCUAGUUCGGACACCAGAGGGUGACUUUGUUUGUCUUGAUGCAAAAUUUAGUUUCGAUAAUUCAGCGAGAUUCCGACAAAAGGGUCUUUUCAGUCUUGAGGAACGGUCCCCGGAGGAGGAAUUGGAGUUUGAGGCUUCUGAAUUAGGACUUUCCUAUGUACGACUUGACGGCGAUAUUGGAAAUAUAGUCAAUGGUGCUGGCCUUGCUAUGGCGACUAAUGACUUGAUUGGCUUGUAUGGUGGCAAGUGUGCUAACUUCCUUGAUGUGGGUGGGGGAGCAACCAAGGAGACUCUGUCAAAGGCGUUCGAGAUUUUGAACAAUGAUGCGCGGAUAAAAGGAAUUCUGGUCAACAUAUACGGAGGUAUCGUCCGAUGCGACAUGAUUGCUGAGUCUAUAAUUGAUGCUGCGGCUGAAAGGGGCGGUUUCAAGGUUCCCGUUGUGGUUCGCUUGCAAGGUACUAAUUCCGAUAAGGGCUUAAAGCUGAUUGAAAACUCGAAUAUGGAAAAUCUCAUGGUAGAACCCGACUUUGAGGCCGCUGCUCAAACCAUUGUUCGUCUUAUUAAAGGGUCUGGCUAA